AUGGAACUGGGAGGAGCCCGCCAACCCGCAGCCAUGCCAUCUCAGGCAAUCCGGGCCCCUCAAUGCUGCAAUGCUGCAAUGCAUCCGCCAACUUACCGCCUUAUCGCCCACCACGACAAGUCCGAUGAGUGCCGGCCGCAGCCCGUGGGUGGCUCCCACGCUGCAUCAGCGUCCGCGCUGCCUAACAGCAACAGGCGGUUCCCUCACUGGCCCGGUCCACUUCCAUCAGUCACUCACCGGCCUAGGCACCUUUCACCUCUUCGUCCGUACCGCAUGACCUUUGAUUCAUAUCUCUUCCCAGAACCCGGUGCAGAUGCCCUUCUCACCAGCUCUCCGGGCUUGAUCAGAAUUAUUGUCCUUACCUUAUCUCAAAGGUGGCAUUCUCUCCGGUCCAAGAAUAGGCCAUCCGCAGGAACUGCCGUCGACCCGUCUCUUUCCAACGUUCUGUUUGCGUAUACCAUUAGUGUCCACCGCCGCCGCCGGCACCCAAACAUUCCAGCCGUUCGCUCUUUGUCCGGCAUCAUCAUUCAUAGGACCUUCGCCAGCCCGACACUUAUUUGCCCCGACGUCCCGCGUUCCUGGGACAAGGUCCUCGCUAUCGGUAGCACCAUGUUCUCGGAAUAUGCGUCCAGGUUUCUGGCGCAAUCACAGUCCCGACUGUCCAACUUUGCGGGCCAAGAUCAAGGCAACGAGAACCCACCACGGCAACCGAACGACUGGUCAUCGCGGGGCCCUCCUCGAAAUGGCGGGCGCUCCUUCCUAGGUAGAGGCUACGGAGGAAACCCCUACCAGACGGGCGGUUCGCGUUAUGGUCAAAUGGGCUUUGCCUCCCGCAUGUCCGCCGCCCAGGAUGCACCGCUAUUCCACAGCACGCUCGAUGAGUACAUGGAGGAGGACGAAGAAGACGAGAGGGAUCGCGAGGCUGCGGAUAUGGCCGCCCUCCACAUGUCUCGGCGCGUGGCCGCCGCGAGCAAGAUGGCAGAGAGCUCCGAGACGGAACCAGACGCUAGCCGCGGCUCGUUGGAACAGAGCAGCGAAACACCGGGCCGAAGAUACCAGGAUCGCGGGCUGCGGAGAGGUAUUCGCAGCAGUUGGAACGGUACGAGGAGCUUCAGUGGACGGAAUCGUGGGAGGGAUGUCAUAGACGAAGAGUCGGAGGAUGUCCGGCGAGAAACUUCCGACCGGGAGUCAGAUACGAAUCCUAAAAUGGUCGACAUUGGGCUAGAUUCCCAGAUCAUGGACGACGACGACCCAUCUGCGUCGCUGCUGAACGAGGCGGCCACGGACUCGAGCCCGCCCGCCUUCCAGAAGUUUCAAUCCAAGUCCGGAGACCGCAAGUUCCCACUGAGGAGGGAAGCUACUCGAGAAGAUGACUUUGACGAGGCCCGCCGAGCCAGCUCCGACGAUGAGGCCCUGCCUGCCACUGUCCCCUUGAUCGAAGGAGAACUCUUCAAGUAUGACCCGUUCUUUGCCUGGAUCUUCCUUAUUGCGCUUGCCGGUCUGGUGUCUACAUUUGUGCUUGUCUGGCUACACACAGGCACGCCCAAGAAGGGAUGGGGUGACACCGUCUAUACAACAUUACAAGCAUCCUUUCACAUGCUCGCUGUGGAUACUCUCAUUUCGAUCCUGGUAUCCUUUGUGUGGCUCGCGGCGCUUCGAUCCUUUGCCAGGCCGGUGGCAAUGGUGAUUCUUGUUGCAGUACCCAUCAUCAUGUUUUCAUUCACACUAUACCCCUUUAUUUCUAGCUAUGAAGGCAGAUCACAUGGGGCCAGCUUCCAAGAUCGAGCGAUGCGAUGGGCUGCUCUUGUCCCUGGCAUCGCAGCCUGUGUCUGGGUGUACAUGGCUUGGCAGGGCCGCAACGCCAUCCGUCAGGCGAUUGAGAUAUUGGAGUUCUCCACGAGAAUUCUUGCAGCAAACACGGCACUCCUCAUCUUGGGUUUCAGCUGUCUCGCAAUCAUAGUGACGUGGACCUGGGUCUGGAUGUGGAUGUUCUCGAGAAUCUUCUUGGGAGGAUACUUCUCCAGAAGACUUGCCAGGUUCAUCAUCAGCGUGUCCAGCUGGUGGCUGGGUAUCUGGUUCGUGCUGAUGUACAUGUGGACGAUUGGAGUCAUCAAUGCGGUGCAACGGGCGACUACAGCAGCGACAGUAUCCCAAUGGUACUUCCACCGCAACGCGGCGCCGGCCCCAACGUCGGCGGAGAUUGUCACGGCCGCGCUCAACCACGCGACGACGACCAUAUUUGGCAGCAUCUGCGAGUCGACGUUGAUUGCGCUGCUUAUCCGGGCGCCGCUGCUCGUGCUGCCACGCAGGAUGGCUAAUAUCCUGCAGCACAUUGCUGCCAUGUGGAUUCCGACGCCCAUCGCAGCGCUCACGAACCCUCUCACCAUAACCUACGGAGCGAUUCACUCCCAGAAUCUCCACACGGCGGCUCGCGGCCUCAGCCAGAUGGACUUCUUGUCCCCACAACGCCCUACGACAACCCUGACACCGCAUGUGUUCAGCACACGGCGAUCCAGUCACUCCCCUUUACUUCCUUAUCGGCUCGCUAAGAUGCUUCUAUAUGCGACACGGUUCAUCAUGGCAACGGGACUCGGUUUUGCAGGAUGGGUCAUGACGGCGAAGCAGCUCUCUAUCGCUCUGCCGGACGGAAUGGGGGUACGGGGCUCGGCGUACGCAUACGUGGUUGGCAUAGUAGCCAGUUUUAUUGGAUUUUCGGUCAUGGGCGCCAUGGAAGGUAUUCUCAGUGGCAUUCUGGAUGCGGUCGUCAUCUGCUACGGCAGCGAGCGGCGGAUGGCCAGCGGAGGUGGCGCCUACUGCAUGGAGGCGGCCUACCUCUUUGGAGAGAGGAGACGGGACGAGAGAGGCCUGCCAUGA